UCGCCUCAGUCUCUGAUAGCCAACUCUCGGGAGCAGACCGAUAAGCGCUUUUCGGGCCUUUCCGCCAAACCAAAACACCAGAAAACCAGCCAUUCAGCCAACAGCCAAGUGAAAAGCCAAGCAAACUAAGUAAAAAAGCCAAAAACCCAAGGCAAACGGGCCCAUCUCUUGGUGUUUCGUUUAGUUUCUUGGGCCAUUUACUCAAAGAAAAUUAAAAAUCGAAAAACCCGAAGAGGAAAACUCAAAAGCCAAAACAAAUCAGUGCAGCAGCCGCCAAUUGCAUCCCAUAUUGCUCUCCGGCGAGUUUGUAUCUCUGUGUGUUGUGUGUUACCAGUGAGCGUGUGUGUGUUAGCCAGAAAACUGAGAGAAAAGUGAAACGACCGGCAGCGAAAGCGAGAAAAACAACAACAAAAAAUAACUUUCAACUUGCAGGAAGUUCAAACUGCAAGCUGACAUUACAAGCGGUCAAAAUUGGAUUAUGCUUAGGCACAAACGCAACUGCCACGCCAUUCAGACGCCCAGCGACGCCGAGCAUGUGAAGUUAAAGCCGCAUUUCCAUCCGCCCCAGUGGCUCCUGCACCGCGUCACCUUCUCUCUGGAGCUCUAUCACAAGAAUAUCAUCAAGAAAGUGCCCAGUUUCGGCAAAUCCCUCGUCUUCAGGCUGACCAAGAACGUCUGCCAGACUUAAGUCAACCAAAACAACCCAAUAUAAUAAAAAUAAACUCAAAAAAAGACAAAGUGCGUUUAAAAAUAGUGAAUGUAAUUUA